AUGGAGUAUAAAGUUCCUUCUACCAAAUACUUUUACAAUUCAGCUUAAAAGUUGCUUAAUUACCCUCAAUAGAAUAUUCACGAAUUAGGCUAGCUGCUGAUAAUUUAUUAAUAGUUUUGUUUUGAUAUAUAUGAGAAUUUAUAAUUAUUGUAAAGCUUCCCAAAUCUAGAGCAAUUUUUUAAUUAACAAAUGUAGGAUUUGCUUAUGGCAAAGUAACAUUACUUAGAUAAUUUCAAAUAAGAUGAAUUUGUUUAUCUAAUGUAGAUGGUAAAUAAUAUAAAAACAAUGGAAUUCGAAGUUUAGAGUAUAUAUGUGAGUGAACCAUUUCUAAUACUUUUAGGUACAAAUUUAGAGUAAUAUUAAAGAUUUGUUCAUAGAUAUGGCUUGAAUGAAUUUGCUGACUCAAAUACCUAAAUAAAUUUCAUAGUACGCUAACUAAAAUAAAUGCUUCGAACAUAAGGUAAUUAUACAUAGGAGAAUAAGAUUCUCUAAGACUUUGAUGAAAAUAAUUAUGUUGAAGUGAACUUGUACACAUUUGAUGGAAUUAAAGUAUAAGCAAAAGCUGAAAUAUAAGUAAUUUAUCCUUAAUAAUAAAAUUAAUAAUGCUAAAAAUUUAAUUUAAAUUCUCACAUGCUUAUUGCUGUAAAAACCGAAAUAGAACCAACUUCUUUAAAGUAGAUUUUAGAAAUAAGAUAAAAUUAAUAAAACUCUUCAUUAUAAAUUUAAGACAAUUUAUAUGUUAACGAAAUUGAUUUUUGUUUCGAUUACUCUGUGCAAGUAGAAGUAUUUUAAGAAAUGGCUAAAAUGUACAAUAUUUUUAGUAACAAGGAAAAAAGAUCAUCAUACAGGCACAUAAACCCUGAAGAGAAAGAUUAAAUUAAACAUUAUAAUCCUGUAUGCACAAAUUUAAAAUAUUAUUGA